UUUUUGUCUUUCAUUGAACAGAUUCGUCUGUAACAGCUCUGCCUCAUAAACCCCACAGUCCCAAAGAAUCAACUGGAAAUCAGGGGCCUAGAAUAACUGCAGGGAUAAGGGGUCUUGUGUGUGUAUAUACUUAAGGCAGAGACAUUAACAAGGAUUCUGUCAGUGAUCAGGACAGAGGUUUUCGGGCGACCCACAGCUUCUGUCGCUGGGUGUUGAGGAUUAUAUUCUCUCUUUAUCUUGUAUCUAAACGGACUGCAGGGUGGCGAGAGAGAGGGGGGAACCCAACCGGUGCAUGCCGGAGAUGAGUGCGUUCUGGCAUAAGAUCGGCUGCUGCGUGGUAGCCAAACCUCCUCCGAAGAAGAAACGGAGGAGAAUUGACCGCAGCAUGAUCGGAGAGCCCACAAACUUCGUUCAUCUGACACACAUAGGGUCUGGUGAAAUGGCAAAUGGCAUGCAACCGUCUGGCCCAAUGCAGGAACAAAUGAGAUCCAAAGUGCCUCAUGCAAAUGGACGAAACAGCUUGUUAUAGCCUACUUUCCUCAAAGCUCCGUAAAGACCUGCACUGCACCAGUGAGGAGAUCCUGAUCACAAAAAACGACAACCUCCUUGCUGCAGCCACCAACAUGGACGCCACCUCUGCAGGUUUUUUAUCUUUUGGAUCCUCUGGAAUGUCUCAGAGGAGACCCCCCCCCCCCCCAACUCUAAGACUGUUAUUAAAUUUGGAGCGGAUUGUGAAUGUGUGACAUGUGCAUUUGAGACACUGGCUGUGCUUGCUGUGGAAGAGGAAAGGCUCUUAUCGCUUAACUAUUUGGACUAUUUGACUGCCCUCUUAAAGUUAUAACUGGCAUGUUUGUCAUAGUCUGUCAUUGAUAAGGAUGUGCGCAAGAGUGUGUUUGCUUUUGUUUUGUAAUGGAAAUAUAUGUGCACCUAUACCAUUAUAGUGUCUCCAACUGCUUGUCAUUAACAGUUGCACAAAUUAGUGUAUUAUACAAAGCCCUCUGUUAUGUGUAUAGUAGAAAGAUAUAGUAUGAAAAUAUGGCUUUUUUUAUGUCCGCAUGUCUGAUAUUGCAUUAACAAAUAAUGUGUAAUGGCCUUAAUAACUCUAAAGGAAUAGUUU